GGUUAAGAUGAGAUAGAAAUACAACUCACAUAAAGUGCCAGCCACAGGUACUCCUCUGCUAUGGCCCCUCUUCUACAUAUUCUUCUCCUGAUCUCCAUAGUCAUACCAUUAUGCUUUUCUUUGAACUUGCAAUCUCCAAUUCUUGAAAAUGCUUCCAUUAAAGAUAGGGCAGUUGAGCUUGCUAAUGACCCAGAUACAGUGAAUUGGAUGAAGGAUAUUAGGAGAAAAAUUCACGAAAACCCAGAACUUGCAUUUGAAGAAUUCGAAACGAGUAAGAUAAUCAGGCAUGAACUCGAUCAACUUGGUAUUGCCUAUCGAUGGCCCGUCGCUAAAACUGGUGUAGUGGCGACUAUUGGGUCUGGUUCGCCACCCUUUGUUGCCUUAAGAGCUGAUAUGGAUGCUCUGCCUAUCCAGGAAUUGACUGAAUGGGAGCACAAGAGUAAAGUAGAUGGGAAAAUGCAUGCCUGUGGCCAUGAUGGACAUGUCGCAAUGCUUCUUGGAGCAGCUAAAAUCCUGCAAGAAUUAAGACAUAUGUUGCAGGGAACUGUUGUGCUUAUAUUUCAGCCAGCAGAGGAACAAGGGGAAGGAGCAAAAGCCAUGAUUGAAGCAGGAGUGCUUGAUAAUGUGGAGGCCAUUUUUGGUUUGCACUUGGUUCAAAAGUAUCCUACGGGAGCUGUUGCUUCACGGCCUGGGGAAUUUCUUGCCGGCUGCGGUGGUUUCACUGCAAAAAUAAGUGGAAAAGGGGGUCAUGCAGCUGUUCCUCAACAAUCUAUUGAUCCAAUUUUGGCUGCUUCAGCUUCAGUAAUUAGUUUGCAACAAAUUGUUUCAAGGGAGACGGAUCCUUUAGAUUCUCAGGUGGUUUCUGUGGCAAUGAUCAAUGGAGGUACUGCUUUUAACGUGAUACCAGAUUCAACUACAAUAUCAGGAACUUUCAGGGCUUUCAGCAAGAAGGGUUUCCAUGCACUUAGAGAGAGAAUAGAAGAAGUAAUUAAAGGGCAAGCAGCUGUACAUAGAUGUUCUUCUGAAAUUGAUUUCACAGGAAAUGGGAAUCCCACAAUUCCUCCAACUGUAAAUGAUGUUAAAAUUUAUGAACAUGUCCGGCGAGUUUCGAUUGAUGUAGUUGGAGAACAGAACACUCAAGUAGCUCCUGCUUUCAUGGGAAGUGAAGAUUUUGCUUUCUAUCAGGAAAAGGUUCCUGGAUCUUUCCUUUUUUUAGGGAUAAGAAAUGAGAAACUUGGAUGCGUGCAUCCACCGCAUAGCCCUUACUUUACAGUUGAUGAGGAUGUGUUUCCUAUUGGGGCAGCCGUACAUGCAGAAUUUGCCCUUUCUUACCUUUCAGAUUCAUUAAAAAAAUUGACUUCUUUGUGAAUAUGAUUCUUCAAUCCUAUUUGGAAAUUGAAUUCACUUCUUUUUGUUGAUGUUUAUGUUUGAUGGUCCACAAUUGCACAUAAAUAUCAAUGAGUUGAUUCAGUUUUUAA